AUGCUUUUGGGAUCGUUGCUCCUGCAUACGGAUGCGGUACUCAUCAUGGCAGUCGUUGGAUCCUUUCGGUCAGGUACUCCAGAUCCUGAUGGUGUGGAUACACCCAAAUCCCUAAUCGAGGCCUUCGCCAAAGAGCAGAGAAGGAUCUGGAUGACCGCUACCAAUGCCUACCAACAGUCCAAAAGAAUCUACCUGUGCCAGGGAUCUCAGAUCCUGAAAGAGGGGCUCAAUAACCUGGCAGCUACCGAGUUGCAGGCCAAGAACGGGCAGGGUUUAUUCGAUGGCCUCAAUAAGUCCCUUUCCAAUUGGGAGAUCACAGGGUCUUGGGUGCCUAAUGCUCAAUUGUUUAUUUUGGCAGUGGUUGUGGUGACUUUACAUAAACAUAGUAAUAGAUUAAUAAUUAUAUAUUUAUUUUCAGCCUAUGGACCAGCCAUACACAUUAGUUCGGGGCUUCUCCAGUUGGCCCCCGAUUCGGAGCAACCUCAACUGCUGCUGGUGCCCAAUGUCUACUCCUCGUCACUGGGAAAUCCCUGGCCGCAUUUCUAUGUGGACACCUUGACGGCUUCGCACCUGCCACACUCAUCGAUUCCAUCGAUUCCAACUAUCCCAUUGACCCCUUCGAUCAACGAACCGCGCAUCGUGGUCAAUGACAAUGUGGACUUUUCGCAGAUCAAAUUGCCCCAGCAUAAAGUAGUCCAUUCCCAUGGACGCUAAAUGGGUUCAUCGAGAAACUAUUUACAAACCUUCAUAAAUUAUAUGGUUCAUUUGUGUAGUGCUUAAGGUUUUUUUUUAACUUUUUUGUUUUCUGGUAUUUUAUUUCUUACACAGACACUUAAUAAACUUGCUAUAAAAAUAUUUUGUGAAAUGUUUUUGGGCUUAAUUGCAAUAUUAAUGUGUGCCUAAUCAUAUAGGAAUGAAACUUUGCCAGGGGUCUACGCAAAAAAUCAUGAAAAAUCUGCAUAGGCAAAUGCCAAA